CUGGCCCUACAGAUGACAUAAAGGAAGCCUUCCAGCGCUUACCUCUCCCAUACAUUGACCAAGAGUUCAGUAUUGACCCUAUUAAUAAACAGGAUCUGGAAACUGAAAGCGAACCACCUCCAUAUGUACAUAUUAAGGACAAUGUUUAUAUUGUCAAGAAGAAAAGUGACGGUGAUGCAAUUGAAGGUGGAUGCAUCAGCUGUGACCACGACUCAACCUGUGAAAGUAGUUGUUCCUGCAGAUCUUCAAUGUCCAGCUGCUCUUUGGAUUGUCCUUGCUCAGUUAAGUGCUCCAACAAACCAUUUCGCAGAGAGAAAAAGAUAGAGAUCAUUAAGACACAACAAUGUGGAUGGGGCGCUAUUGCGCUGGAAACCAUUGGGAAAGAUGAUUUUGUGAUAGAGUUUGUUGGAGAAGUUAUAGAUGAUGCAAUGUGUGAAGAUAGGCUUCUGGAUAUGAGACAGCGCAGAGAUCAGAAUUUCUACAUGUGUAAAGUCAGCAAGGACUUUGUAAUUGAUGCAACUUUCAAAGGAAAUGCUUGUCGCUUUUUUAACCACAGCUGCCAACCUAACUGUCGGCUGGAGAAAUGGCAAGUUGACGGCAAGACAAGAUUAGGUGUCUUUGCUUCACAGGCUAUUAAAGUAGGAAUGCCCUUGACUUACAACUACAGAUUCAGCACUGCUUUCGGUCCACAGAAAGACUGUUUCUGCGGGGCUCCUAACUGCCAACGGAAAUUGUGAUACGUAAAGAUUGAACAAGGAAGAUUUACACAUGCAGAAGUACUACAUGACAGGAAGGACUAAAACAUUGGGAAAUAACAAGAAAUGUACUAUAUAGUGAGGAUUUGUUGAGCAGAAACUUUCAUAAGCUUGUAGAAAGAAAAAAAAACAGUCACGAGUGCGGCAUUUAUCUAACAUGAUGUAUCAUGGAACAGUAGUGUAGUGUUUGUUAGUUACCACUACCAUUGUUUACUGAUGUAUUUACGAUUUAGUCGGUGUUAUGUACUGUUAUUUCGCCUGUACAGGUUUUACUCUGUAAAUGCUAAAUACACAGUGUAUUCACAGUAUUAUGUA